AUGGCUGUAAAGGCUAGGAGAGAGGAUGGCAGCUAUAGGUGUAGAUUAAGGACUCCUCUUAGUGAGUUUUUCUCGUAUGAUGAGGAUUACCACCAUGAGCACAAAAAUAGGAGCUCAUCUUCCAAAGGGUUGGGAAAUGAUGCAAUGAGUAGAGCAAUCAACCAAAUUUUCAGAUCACCUUUCACCACACGCAGAAUUGAAGGAGGGAGACUUUCUCGGCAAUUCACUCAACUCACGUUCACCAUGUACAAUGGUUGUAUAGACCUUGUGGAGCACGUAAGUCACUUCAACCAGAGAAUGGUUGUACGCUCCAAGAAUGAGGAAUUGAUGUGCAAGGUAUUUCCUUCUAGCUUAGGGCCUGUGGUGAUGAGGUGGUUUGAUGGUUUGGGUGCAAGUUCUAUUGACUCCUUCAAGGAGCUCACCCGAGCAUUUGGGUCUCAUUUUAUUACGUGUAGUAGGGUUCCUCGACUUUUAGAUUCUCUAUUAUCCAUGUCCAUGCGAGAAGGUGAGACCCUGAAAACGUACUCAGACAGAUACUGGGAGAUGUUCAACGAGAUAGAUGGUGACUUUACCGAUGUAGCCAUCAGGACUUUCAAGGUCAGCCUGCCUGCCGAGCGUGGCUUGAAGGAGUCUCUAACAGGGAAACCCACUACUAGUGUACGCUAG